AUGACAAAGUCUCUCUUACUAGCUGCGUUGGCAGCUAUCUCGCUCUCUGUUGUUGCCGCACAGGGCAUCGUCCCACUCGCGGAUAAGAGGUUUACAUACGAUAACAUCCCUUACCGAGUCGAUACGGACGUCGGCCAACCUCGAGGCGAGCAGAAGGGCUACAACAUAUGCAACUCAACGACCGAAGGCCCCUCCUCGUUGUGUCAAACCGCGUUCAUCAAUUCUCUAGACGAUUUCUGCCUCUGGGCCCCCGCCGAACCGGGACACACCGUCGGCGACAUUGAAGGAGAGAUGAUAGCCUGGUGCACCAAGCCCGGACACGGCACUCGCGUCAUCCCCGAUGGCACCAUCCUCGGUGUCCAAUUCACGAAAUCGCCGGAUUAUGUCCAGGUCGUGGGCUUCAUGGACCAGACGAAGAUAAAUAUGAUAGCGGGAGACGCGGGUGGGGAGAUGGACCCUCAUGGGGCAGAUCGGAGAGGAAAUCCGAUGGGAGGGCUGCUGUUCACGAACGCAUGGACUGGAGGUAUGAUCCAAGCCGUCGAAUGGCACAACUUCAACGGUGCGAACAUAUUCUGCCUCAAGGCAUGCGACCCACGCGGGCCCCGCGCACCCCAAAUGUGCGAGCACAUCUACGAUACCCAAGGAUGCGGGUUCAAUGCACCCUCCAACGUCCGAAACGGGACCUUCGAAUCCUGCGCCUCCGACUCCCAAUCACCCCCAGGCCAAGGCCCACCCGUCGCACCUGCCUCAUCGCAGUGCAGCACGUAUGAGAGCACGGCGAUCUACGGUGCUAGCGCGAGUGUUACGGUGCAAAUACCUGGAGCGGCGACAAUGAGCUUUACGCCGACGAAGGGGGCUCCGACGACGACCAGUAGGCCGACGAGUGCUGCGUCGUCGAGUCCGGGCGCUGGUACUUCGGCGGGCGCGAGUGGGUCGACCAGCUCAGGCGGGCCAGCAGCGACGCAGACGGGUGCUAGUAGACGGGAAGAGGUUGCUCGUUUUGGGAUUAUCGGCGCUGUGGCUGUCCUUCUCGCCUUCGCUAUCUAG